GUAGACUUCACGUAGAUACUUGACUAAAUUUAUCAGUGCACAGAGUCACAUCAUAUCUACGCUUUUUGCAAACAUCGCAUAACAUAUUAUUCAAAAAAUGCUCGACUUUCUUGAAGCUUAAGCUUCGAUUGUAAUCUAAUGCUAUCCUAAGUCUUAAAUCAUUGUGUUUAAACUUAGUAAACUAUAAUUUAAUUCUGAUAGGAUGUUUGCGAGGGAAAACGAAAGCUGUGUGUGUCGAAUCUGCAACAAUAUAUUCCUGAAUGCGCGCAUGUUGCCCUGUGGUCACUCCUUCUGUGGCCCCUCCGGAAGACAAGGUUCGUCUCCUCCUACCGACUGUCUGGGCAAGCAUCUCCAAGAGUGCAAAGAGAGGGGAUCCUUCGUAUGUCCCAGAGAUGACUGCAAAUCGGCCAUAGCCGAGCCCAAUGAAAAGAGCACCGACUUCCCCUUCAACUAUCCCCUCUAUGCUCGGGCUGAACAAAUGAAAGCGGUACUUCGAAGACAGGGGAAGGAAGAGGAACCGAAUAGCCCAAUCAAGUGUCUAAAUCACAACCAACUGAGGACCUACUACUGUAUGAAAGAUAGAGAAGCCCUCUGCAAUAAAUGCCGCUUGAGCACAGAUCAUAACUCCCAUGCCGAUAACAAAGGAACCAUCAUCACAAUUGAAGAAACUCGACAACGUCAAGUUGACGUAAAAACUGGAGUAGAAUAUGUCGAGAGCGAGUCUAACUGUACACUGAGGAGGCUGGAAAAGAUGACAUUUCACCUGCUGCAGUUCCAAAACCAGUUCCAGAAUCUCCUCUUGGUCGAAGAGCAGGCGUCCAGCUCAAUCUACGAAGACGAUCACAGCUUUCGAGUUUCGACCUUCAAGGAAGAUUUCACUCAGAAGGCGAACAGAUAUGAAGACAUGAAGACAAAGUUUGUUCAGGACAUCAAGGGACUCCUUGAUGACAUCAUGACGGAGUACGCUGUGUUAAAAGAAGCCAUGGAGUUAGCGAAUAAACCACCCGAUAAUUGAGUGAACUGAAAACGGAUGUCCAAAAAUUACUACAACUUCUUGAAUCACAUAGCUAUUUUGAGCGCAGUCUGCCUGAUGAUACAUUUUUUGAUAAUUUAUUCUAACCGCUGGUCAAUUUUUUAGCUGGCUGAUAAUGAUAAGUAAUCAGCCAGCUAAAUG